AUGAGCAACUUUUUAUUUAUUUUAAAAACAAUAAAUUUAUUUAUUGACAUUAUUGGAUUUUUAUUUUACGGAAAUAUUGUUAUAUUGACGAUUAAACAUAAAAAACUCCACACUAUUUGUCAUAUACUUCUCGGGUUAUAUUCAAUUUGUCAAUCUUUUUCCAAAAUUAUAAUGUUAAUACCCUAUAUUUUACAAUAUAUUCUUCCAAAUUUUGAAAAAAAUUUAAAAUUUAUUUAUUUUUGUAUAAUAUUUAAUAUUAUACCUUUUUCUUUUAUGAUGGGAGCUUUUACUUAUAUGUUGGCUAUUGGAAUUGAUAGAAUGUUGGGAAUUUAUUUUCCACUUUGGUAUAAACAAAAGAAAAGCAAACUUUACUGGUCUUUUUUAACAAUAAUGCCAUUAAUUUAUCCAACUUAUAAUACUUAUAUAGUUAUUCAAUCUUUAGUUGGAGGAAAUAAUUCGUUAGUUUUUUAA